CCCGCCGGGCACAACAAAUGGUCCAAGGUCAGGCACGUCAAGGGGCCCAAGGACGCCGAGAGGAGCCGCAUCUUCUCCAAGCUCUGUCUGAGCAUACGCCUGGCGGUGAAAGAGGGAGGUCCUGACCCUGAGCUCAACAGCAGCCUGGCCAGUGUCUUGGAGGUGUGUCGCAGCAAGCACAUGCCCAAGUCAACCAUGGAGGCGGCGCUGAAGACGGAGAAAACCAAGGGCACGUACUUGCUGUAUGAGGGUCGAGGCCCUGGUGGCUCUUCUCUGCUCAUUGAGGCGUUGUCCAACAGUGGCCCCAAGUGUCAGUCGGAUGUCAGACAUAUCCUGAGCAAGAAUGGGGGGGUGAUGGCUGAGGGAGCCCGUCACUCCUUUAACAAAAAAGGGGUGAUCGUGGUUGGUGUGGAGGACAGAGAGGAAAAGGCAGUGAGCCUGGAGCGUGCCCUGGAGCUGGCCAUCGAAGUGGGUGCCGAGGAUGUCAUGGAAACGGAGGAGGAGGAAGAGAAGAAAGCUUUUAAGUUCAUCUGCGAUGCCUCUUCGCUGCAUCAGGUGAGGAAGAAGCUGGACUCUCUGGGCCUAUGCUCUGUGUCCUGUGCGCUGGAGUUCAUCCCCAACACAUGGGUGCAGCUGGCUGACCCUGACCUGGAGCAGGCCGCCCACCUCAUCCAGGCGCUCAGCAGCCACGAGGACGUGAUCCAGGUCUAUGACAACAUCGAGUAGGAAGUGCAGCAACGUCUGCAGGUGGAGCUGAGGAGGCCUGAAGCCGGGGAGCCCCACACUGCAUGGACCUUGCUGUCAGCUCGGCUGGUGCCUCAGAGCCCCCGGAGGAGUCUCCCAACACCCGAAUGCAGGGGUGCCCACCGGUUAGCCUGACGUCAGGUGGUCAGCCCUUGAGGGAUGGCGGGUGCCUGAGGCCCUGUGUCUGGAAACUGCUCUCAAGUAGCACGCGGGUGAUCCUGCUGGCUGCAGGGCUGUGGCUUCUGUCCUCUCCUGAGUGUGUCCAGCGCCGGGAUCCUCUGAACUGACUUUCAAGUCCCAGGAUGGCUGUUCGCUUUGUUGAUUGGCCAUCGGAAUGUAGCUGUGGCCAGGCCCUCUGGUCUGGUGCUGGUGUCGUGGCCCAGCCCUGUCAUUCAUUCACGCACCCAAUGUUCUGUAACGCCAGCUGCGGACCAGAUGCAGGACCUCAGGGAAGCCCGGGACUGCUCUCUGCUGGAGCUGUCUCAGGCUGUGGAAGCUGCCGUGAGCGCAUCUGUUCUCUUCGCAUGACCUUCUGUGCCCUUCCUCCGCCAAGAGCUUAAGUCAAAUGCCCGACAAGGACUUGCCAGACCCUGCGCUGCCUGGUCCCCUUGUUCCAAGGGUGCUGAGUGGACUGUGCACAGAUCCAGCUGCUCUCAGGAAGGCUGCGCCCCGCUGGUCCUGAAAGCUGCACGGUUUCCAGCCCCCAGCCCUCAGGCCCUUUCUCCCUGAUGGCAAAUGAUGGGGUACCAGGCACUAGAAUGGAGGUGAGGAUAUGAAGGAAGGGUGAAGGGCGGAGUCAGAGCUGGUGGGGGGGAAAUAACCCUGGGUACCUUUGGCUCCUGAUGGUCACUCCCAGUCCAGAGGCCGGCAGUGCCAGCCCCUGUGCCAGAGCCCACCCGGCAUGUCAGGCCUGGUACAUCCCUGUGGCUUUUACAUCCCUGGUAUCCACCUCCUUGUCAGUUGCUUAAGCCAGUUCUCAGCUCCGAGUGACUCUCCUGAAGGAGCCUCAGGUAGAUACGAACUAAAACCAGAUGGACUAUAUGAUAACUUCAGCUUCUGGGGAAAACAGCUGACUGGUUCCACGAUGACUUCCACGGCAGGAGAGCAAGGUCCACAGGAAGAAAGUCAGUGAAAUAUCUGUGGUCGCGCUGCAGCUCGGGCCCUGGCGCUGCCUCUUGUAGUUACAGUGCUAGCGGGAUUCCUUAGCACCCAGAGAAAACUCAUCCACCUUUGUUCUUCCAUCCACGUUUCUGAACCGCUCAUCUUUAAAAAGGCAACUGCAAGUAUAUGUGCUGCUUAAUAAUUUUUAAGUGCUAUUUAUUUGAUUUUGCCAACAAACCUAUAAAACCAUGAGGCCAAGUGUUUUACACACAGAUGGUUCUACACCGAGCAGAUGAGAACAGGUCUGAUGCCACAUGGUCUAUCUGUGGUCCUUGAUUUAUAAAAUAGCUCAUGGCUCUGUUUUGGAAUAUUGAAUAUAAAUUGAUUUGAGGAAUCUGAUCACUUCCAAUUUGGGAAAUGUCUACCAAGGGAGCUGCUCUCGGAGGGAACUUGGCUACUGGUUUGACGAGGUCUCCGCUACUCCAACAUUUAGAACUUAUUAGCAUGGAUUGUUGCCUGGCCAGCGAUUACAAACCACAGCGCUGGUGGUACCACUGUGACAGCCCCAGGGUUGAGGGGCUCUCUGCUGACCCCUGGCGGUGCCCCACAGCCUCUUCCCUGCAGUUGGGAGGAGGACGUGGGAGUGAACACUUACCUGAGCCUAUGCUGCUGUAUCUAGCCCUGGUAGAGGCCCUGAGCUAGUUAAUAAAGAUGGUCACACCCACAUGGUGAGA